AUCAUGGGGUCUACUGCUACAGAAAUUGAAGAAUUGGAAAACACCCCUCUUAAGUAUCUGAUAGGAGAACACACUGAAAAAAUGUGGCAACGCCUGAAAGGAAUACUAAGAUGCUUAGUGAAGCAGCUGGAAAAAGGUGAUGUUAACGUUGUAGACUUAAAGAAGAACAUUGAAUAUGCAGCAUCUGUGUUGGAAGCUGUUUAUAUUGAUGAAACAAGAAGACUGCUGGAUACCGAUGAUGAGCUCAGUGACAUUCAGACUGAUUCAGUCCCAUUGGAAGUACGGGACUGGUUGGCUUCUACUUUUACACGGAAAAUGGGGAUGAUGAAAAAGAAAUCUGAGGAAAAGCCAAAAUUUCGAAGCAUCGUGCAUGCUGUUCAAGCUGGAAUUUUUGUGGAAAGGAUGUACAGAAAGUCCUAUCACAUGGUUGGUUUGGCAUAUCCAGAAGCUGUCAUAAUAACAUUAAAGGAUGUUGAUAAAUGGUCUUUUGAUGUAUUUGCCUUAAAUGAAGCAAGUGGAGAGCACAGCCUGAAGUUUAUGAUUUAUGAACUGUUUACCAGAUAUGAUCUUAUCAAUCGUUUCAAGAUUCCUGUUUCUUGCCUAAUUUGCUUUGCAGAAGCUUUAGAAGUUGGUUACAGCAAGUACAAAAAUCCUUAUCACAAUUUGAUUCAUGCAGCUGAUGUCACUCAAACUGUGCAUUACAUAAUGCUUCAUACAGGUAUCAUGCACUGGCUCACUGAACUGGAAAUUUUAGCAAUGGUCUUUGCUGCUGCCAUUCAUGAUUAUGAGCAUACAGGAACCACAAACAACUUUCACAUUCAGACUAGGUCAGAUGUUGCCCUUUUAUAUAAUGAUCGCUCAGUCCUUGAGAAUCACCAUGUGAGUGCAGCUUAUCGGCUUAUGCAAGAAGAAGAAAUGAAUGUUUUGAUAAAUUUAUCCAAAGAUGACUGGAGGGAUCUUCGGAACCUAGUGAUUGAAAUGGUUUUGUCUACAGACAUGUCAGGUCACUUCCAGCAAAUUAAAAAUAUAAGAAACAGUUUGCAACAGCCUGAAGGGAUUGACAAAGCCAAAACGAUGUCCCUGAUUCUCCAUGCAGCAGACAUCAGCCACCCAGCCAAAUCCUGGCAGCUGCACCACCGGUGGACCAUGGCCCUGAUGGAGGAGUUUUUCCUACAGGGAGAUAAAGAAGCUGAGUUAGGACUUCCAUUUUCCCCACUUUGUGACCGGAAGUCAACGAUGGUGGCCCAGUCACAAAUAGGUUUCAUUGACUUCAUAGUAGAGCCAACAUUUUCUCUUCUGACAGAUUCAACAGAGAAAAUUAUUACUCCUCUUAUAGAGGAAGCCUCGAAAACAGAAACUCCUUCCUAUGGGGCAAGCAGGUUUGCAUAUGCACCUUUAUUGGGUUCACCCAGUGUUGAUUUGUUUAGACGAUCAAAUAUGAAGGGCACCAUGAACGAUGGAACCUAUUCCCCAGACUACUCCCUUGCAAGCGUGGACCUGAAAAGCUUCAAAAACAACCUGGUGGACAUCAUCCAGCAGAACAAAGAGAGGUGGAAAGAGUUAGCUGCACAAGGUGAACCUGAUCUUCAUAAGAACUCAGAAGACCUAGUAAAUGCUGAGGAAAAACAUGCUGAUACACACUCAUAG